AUUGCAGUUCUCGUGAAAAGUUACUGAAAAAGAAAAGAAAAUGAAGGCUUUCCUUUUAAUUGUCUUCUGUUGUGUUGUUAAUUUUGGAGGAUGGGCUAACGUGGGAGCUGAAUUUUCCUCUAAGGAUUAUGAUGGUGACAAUGAUUGGGGUAGUGACAACAGUGGUAGUAAUAGUGAAUGCUAUGAUGCAGAUAUUAAGGAAUUUCCUUUCACCGCUGCCCUUUACUACAAUCACGAAUUUAUUUGCUCUGCAACCAUCAUAACCAGAUACUUGGCUGUUACUCCUGCUUUUUGUAUUCAAGAUAAAUCCUAUAUUUUGAUGGAUUUAUCUGUGGGAAAAACUCAUCCUUCCCCUGAUGAAGGUAUCCACAUUACUCAAGCAAUUAAACAUCCCCAUUUCAACCCAAGGACGGGAGAUUAUGACAUUGCUGUGCUUAUUUUUGAGAGAAUUGCUUUCAAUGAGACAAUAAAGCCAAUGCUCCUACUAAACUGGCCAUUCCGUCCAAUUCCCACUGGAACUCCAGUGAAAAUUGCAACCUGGGGACAUUGUGAGCGGAAUGGAACUGGGGAGGAAAGUCUUCAAGUAAUCCAUAAAAAUUUAAUGGAUGUCAAGGAAUGUCAAAAAAUGUACAUAGGAAAGCGAAUAAUUCAUCCAACAAGGAUGUACUGCAUUGCUGCAAAUUGGACAGUACCUUGCUCCCAAGAAAGUGGAUCCCCUCUAGUGACGAAUAAUAGUACAACAGGAUUGGGAAUAGCUUCCAACCGUUUUCAGUGUCCUCCACGUGAUUUACCAAGUGUCUACAUAAGUCUAAAUGAGCGACAUAUCAGAAAGUUUAUUGAUGACAUGAUUAAGCAGUAUGCUGAUUUGACUGUUAAAGGAGGUCCUGAUAAUGAUUUUCAAAAAUUAAAUAAAAUUGUUCCUCCUACUUUCAUCCAGAAUGAUCCUGUAGAAGAAAAAUGAAAAAAAAAGCUGGAAAAAGGAAGAUAAUUAAUUAGAUUUUAUUGAUGAAAAAUUUACAAAAUAUUUUUGUUAAUAAAUAAUGAUUUAUCCAGUCAUGAAA